UCAAUAAUCUGGCAAGGCGCGCAGCACCACGUCACUUGCCGCCGCUAGAAAAAAAGAUGUAAUUUUUAUUGUUUACGUUUCGCGUACGUCUUUUUUCGUGUGUUAUUCUGUGUUUAAAAUGAAGUUUGCCGAUGUGCUGCGUCGCCUGGACGCGUAUCCAAGGACCCUGGACGACUUCAGUGUUCGAACAGUGGGCGGCGCCGCAGUUACGAUAAUUAGCACCAGCAUUAUAAGCCUGCUCAUCUUCCUCGAGUUCCUCAGCUACAUACAGCCCACUUUAAACGAGGAGCUGUUCGUGGAUACCACUCGGGGCCACAAAUUGCGCAUCAAUCUGGAUGUUACCCUACACAAUCUGGCCUGCAACUACAUCUCCCUAGAUGCAAUGGACUCCUCGGGAGACACACACCUGCGGGUGGAUCACGAUGUCUUCAAGCAUCGACUAGAUCUCAAUGGGGAGCCACUAAAGGAGACGCCCAUCAAGGAGAUUGUGGCUGUCUCGCCGCCGAACAAGAACGUUACUUGCGGCAGUUGCUACGGGGCGGAGUAUAAUGCCACACACUGCUGCAACACCUGCGAGGAGGUUCUUGACGCCUACCGGCUGCGUAAGUGGACCGUGCAGGUGGACAAGAUUGAGCAGUGCAAGGGAAAGUACAAACGCAGCGAUGAGGAUGCCUUCAAGGAGGGCUGCCGUAUACAGGGGCACCUGGAGGUGAAUCGCAUGGCCGGCAGCUUUCACUUUGCGCCCGGCAAGAGCUUCUCCAUCCGACAGUUUCACAUCCAUGACUUCCAGUUUAGCAACGUUAAGCUCUCUCACACCAUUAAUCACCUCUCCUUUGGCGAGAAGAUUGAGUUUGCCAAAACCCACCCAUUGGAUGGACUGCGCGUAGACGUGUCGGAGUCAAAAAGUGAAAUGUUUAAUUACUAUUUAAAAAUUGUGCCUACACUGUACCAGCGGGGUGGCAGCGACGGCCAGCCCAUAUAUACGAAUCAAUUCUCCGUGACGCGCUACCGAAAAGAUCUUUCGGAUCGAGAACGCGGCAUGCCAGGCAUAUUCUUCAGUUACGAGCUAUCACCGCUCAUGGUUAAAUAUGCCGAGAAGCGCAACUCCUUUGGCCACUUUGCCACAAAUUGCUGCUCCAUCAUUGGAGGCGUUUUCACUGUGGCCGGAAUUCUGGCCGUGCUGUUAAACAACUCCUGGGAGGCCAUUCAGCGAAAACUGGAGGUGGGCAAGCUCAGCUAACAACAAUUUGAAUCUCUCUUCAAGCUUUAUUGCAGCUUUUACUACUACAUUCGACAAAUCUCCAAAUAAAAGUGCUUAAUUUUA